UUUUCACAAGAAGAUGUUCAAGCAACAGUGAUGGAUCAAGAGGAGGAGGAAAAGGGAAAAAUACAGUUUAAAUUCCUUUACAGAGGGAAAUCAACAUUGCUAAAAGUAGAUUUUUUAUUCACAUGAUAAAAUAUUUUUAAUUUGCACUUUUGACGCUGACACUUGUGUCGCCUUAAAAAGUUAAGUUUAAAUUUUCCAUAUAUGGACAUAUAUGAAUACCUUCUUCAAUCAUGAUUUUAAAUGCAAGGACGUACAUGUACAAAUGCAUUUUAAAAUGUUUGCCGGACUUACAUUGAUUGAAAAUUUUUAUAUAAAGUCGUUUAUUAUUUUAAUCGUAACUUUUCUAGCAAUCAUAGAGGGUUGUCAAAAUGGAUCUGAGAAAGGGACUUGCACAUGCACUGGGUAUUUUUUCGACGAGAGAGCAAAGGUUUGCAAAGAAUGUCCCCCUGGUUAUAUGGGCGUAAAUUGUUUACUUAGAUGUCGGUACCCGGGAUGUGGGCAAGAUUGUCAAUAUGGGUGCUUAUGUAAUGCAGAGCAUUGCGAUUUUCGGAGUGGUUGUGUCAACACCACAGAUAAUGGAACGCAUAUCUUAGUAAGGGAUUUAUCACACGGACCCGGAAGUCGAAUUUCCAUUUCCAUGUUUAUAAAAAUCCCUAUAAUAAUAAUAGCAGGAAUUAUAUUUCUUUUAUUGCUUAUUUUAAUAAGAAUGGUGAUAAUUUAUCGAAAAACAAAGGAUACCUUGACAAAGACGAAAAUUUCUGAUAACCUUGAAGGGAAUGAUCGAAAUACAAUGGCUAAUGAAAUUUUUCAAUGCACGCCCCAAAGUAGGUCAUCACAGGGAAGUCUCCAUCUUGCCUCUUCUGAAAAUUUAACCGAUAAUGCAAUUUCUUUUCACGCAAAAGGACGUAAGAAGAAAAGGAAUAAAGUGAUUGAUACCAAAAAUACAGGGGUCAUGAAAACAACGCAAACAGAUAAUGUAAAGACACACACGUAUUCAACUUUUGCAAGCAUUAGAAAUGAAAUGUUGGGAGAUUCUGCUUAUGAAUAUUGUAGACGGAAUUAGUCCCCUACCGAUGAAACCGGAGGGGACUAUAGGUUUCCUCUGCGUCUGUCCGUCCGUUCGUCUGUCUGUCCCCGUUUGUCUGUCAGUCUGUCCCACUUGGUUUCCCGCACUUUUUUCUAAUAACUAAAAGAUAUUGAGCUGAAUUUUAAUACGUGGGUGUAUCUUGAUGAGUUACAGAUCAAGUUUUAAUAUCGUUCCGAUUCAAUGAUUGAACCGGCCUUUUCAAAUGUUCAGGGUUUUCCGCACUUUUCUCCUAAACGCUUGCAGAUAUUGAGCUGGUUUUAAGUAUGAGACUUUACCUUAAUUAGUCAUAGAUCAAGUUUGCAUUUCGUUCUGCUUAAUUGAUUUUUGAAAGAAUUAUGGUAUUUUUAUUUUUUUAAUUUUAUAAUUGGAUUAAAAAUAGGGUUCGUGAUGCACUACAUUUAUGUCGUGAUGCACUCAAUUUAUGUUCUAAACGAGAUUGUCAUGAAUUGAAACUUGCUGGAUAGCUUUUAUAAAUUGAUUAGUUAUAGAUCAAGUUUGCAUUUCGUAACAUACUUCAUUGGUUUCUGAAGGAAUUGUGGUAUUUUUAUUUUUUUAUAAUUUGAUUCACAAUAGGGUUCGUGAUGGACUAAUUUAAUGUUGUGAUACACUGCUGGAUUAAUGUUCUAAACGAGAUUAUCAUGAUUUGAAACUUGCUGGAUACCUUUAUAGUGACAAAAUAUACAUCAAGUUCGAUUUUUUCUGGUGUAAAAUUGAUGUUCAACCAUGUAAAAUAAGCUGUUCUGAUCAAAGCAUUUGUGUGUGUCAAAUGGCAUUCAAAGACGUCACGAGUCUUUCUUUGUAAAGCAGAUCCAAUACAUUUAAUUCAUAUUCAAGUAACAACUAAAAUGUCCAUAUUUAAGAAACAAUUAUUCAUACACAGACUCUAAUAAAAUGAUACCCCAAAGAGAAAAGGGGAACCCGGUAGGGGACAUGUAUUGCUUAUGCAAUACUCUCUGAAUGCUUGUUGAUACAUGUACUAUUUUCAAUCCAAUAUUUAGAAAUUGUCAUUGAAUCUUUUAUCUAUCUAAUAAAUUGAACUUACU